UAAAAUACGGAUAAUAAACGUGUUAUACGGGUUUUAUACGUGUUUAGUACGGACGUCAUCAAAUGAACUGGGAAAAAUGAAACGGCUUGACAAUAAUAUGGAUACGGAAGUUUUAAACGGAUAAAAUACGUACGGGUACAUAUACGUGUAUUAAACGGAGUAUUUACUAACUAUGUUGUAAAUAUCUGUAACUGGCUUAUUUCUCUUCAUCAGAAAUGUUAAAAUUUUAGGGUAAAUACAAUAUAUUAGCCAUAACUAUUAAGUAGCGGAUAAUUAUAGCCACAACUAUUGAAAUACAAAUUAUUAGUCAUAACUAUUGUUGUGAGUCAAGAUUUGGCUAACAGUCCGGUACUCUUUUCAAAUUUUUACGUAGAAGGCCAUGUCAGCAUCGUAAAAAAUAUGAUAUGAUGACUGCCACGUGGGAGCCAGCUCAGCAUCGUAAAAGCUUAGUCAUCAUUACUAACAGAAGUGUUAACAAAAACUUAACGAUUGGCUAAUAAUUUGUAUUUCGAUAAUUGGAGCUAUAAUUCCCCGCUGCUUAAUAGUUAUGGCUAAUAUAUUUUCUUUGCCCUAUAUAAUAUAAUAUGGUCGUCAAAGUAUAUUGGUUGUAUUCUUUCGCUAGCUCUUGCUGGCCUAGGUUAAAUGCCGGGCAUUACAAUUAAUGCGUUAACAUCACUCAGGCAUCAGAGUCUUCAAAACAAUCCCAUCUUCAGAAAUCAAUCACAACGGCCGAUUCCACCAAUGACCAGAAUUGUUCUUCCGGCCGCAAAACGGAUCAUCAUGCCACACAACACAAACGGGAAUAUUCUCUUCUACCACCAAACGCAUAAUGAAAAAUGUAGCCCUCUCUAUAAAUUGGGCUGCUGUUUCGCGCAGGACGUCAAACCACAGACAGAAAUUAAGACAAAGCAAGACUAGUACUUGAGAUCAUGCAGCGACGAGCAAUAACAUCGCCGGCACUAAUGAUGCUACAGGUUGUGACCGUCAUCAUCUUCAUGUUCCUGAUGACGAGGGCCGACGUCGCCGUCAUGGACGACGGUUUAUGCACAGGUGUCAAAAUCAGCGACGACGGGACUCACGCGGCGUACGUGGCACACGUGCUGUCGGAGCUGGCGACGGUUACCCCCACCACACCUAGGCUUGAGGACAUCACAACAUUCCCCGGUAACGGCGUUAGUGGCUCCGUCAUGGGCGUGGCCACGUGUUCCGAUCCUAACGAUCCCGACCUUUGCGCGAGCUGCCUCUCGGGGCUUCAGCAGUUGAUUUUCGGUUCCUGCAGUAACCGGGCCGGCGGCUACGUUGACUCCGACGAUUGCUCCAUGGGUUUCGCUACGCCAAUGGGUUAGAGAUGGACAACGUACGAUGCCAACCCACUGGCCGGGUUAGAAGAGAUGGAAUAAAAAGGAUUAAUGAUCAUAAAGAUUUCAAAAAUUGUUGAUCCCCUCCACCUAUUUUGUAAUCCUGCGUUUUUCGAAAUUUGGCAAGGUACAAAUCAAUCAAUUUUUAGUUUCCUUUCUCAAAAGAAGGGAUUAGGUGAAAUCUAGGAUAAUAAGAGAUUUGUGUGAAAUCCCUCGUAAAAACCCCUCAUCCAAAUCCCUAACGAAAUUAUAAAAUUUUGUUUAUUUUCAAUUGUAAAUAUUUUCUUGAAAUUAUAUAUAAAAAAUAUUGUUUUCUUGGAGCAACCUUUCCAAAAUUACACUCUAAAUAUCAAUUAAAUCUUCAUAAUCCUCAAUCGGUAUUAUAAAAAUGAGAUUUAGAAGUACACUAUUAUUUCAUCCAUUUCUACUCUUAAAUUUGUCCUUCUUUCCCUGACGCGGAGCUCGAGCUAUGAGAUCUUGUAUUUAUAUUAUAAAAAAAAAAAAAUCAGAAGUUCCUUAACUCUGCAAUCAAUCAACAUUAGCAUAUCGUCUUCCAAAUUCUUUAAAUAUGCAAUCCCAACAUUGGCAAUUUCCAACUUGGUCUGAGAACUAACUUACAUAUCAUAUGUUUCGAAUGAAUAUUACUCGUAUGUAGUAGCGUGGGGGCGAAAUAGAAGUACUAUAUGCGUCCUUUCAUUCCCUAUUAUCAACUUGCUCUAUUUCGAUUUGUCCAGUAGGUGCAUGUAUUUCUCUCCUCUUUUGACCUCUAUUGAAUCGUAUUUUCAUGUCAAUUGAACUUUGAAAUAAAUGCAAAAAUCUAUUGUUUUAACUAAUUAGAGUUAAUUAUUAAUCAUUUGUUUUCUAAUGCAACAAGUGUUCCCCUUCGUUUUCUCCUAAAAGAAUUUUUUUUUCCUUUUCUUCAAACAACAUGUUAGAAUGGAUCGACCCAAGUCAUAAAGUAUUUUUUAACUA